CCUGUCUCUCUCCCUCCUUCCCCUCCCCUUUCCUGCUCUCUAAUCGCUGUGUUGUGUUGUGGUGCUGACGCUUUCUCUUCUCUCUCUCUCUUCCCCUGUCUUGGCUGUAUUUAAGUGGCCAGCUUGUGUUUCAGAGCAACAGAGGGAGCAAAUUCAGUCCUCUUGGAUGUAAAAAGCAGAGGGUCACCAUGACCCCUGCUGUGACCCCUGAGGAUGAAACUCCACCAUGCACAGGAUGACUGACAGCUGACAAGCUUGAAUCCCAGAAUGCUCGUGGUGCCAGUGGGUAGGACAUCCUCCUCCCACCAUGUAGUACCUGUUGCACUUACCUUCUCCUGGCUGCUCCUGCUUUUCCAGGCCACCUUUGGCCAGAAGCCAGCAAAACUUCCAUUGAUUAGCCAGAAGCCUUUCAUUGCUGCCUGGAAUGCUCCUCUAGAUAUGUGCACCAUCAAGUACAACAUCACAACCAACCUGGACCGUCUUUUUCACAUCCAGGGAAGCCCACGGGCGGACUGGACCGGCCAGAAUGUGACUAUUUUUUAUGCAAACCGGCUAGGCUUCUACCCCCACUACACACCCCAAGGCAGCCCCGUCCACGGCGGCCUCCCUCAGAACUGCAGUCUGGACCUGCACCUGCUCAAAGCUUACCAGGACAUUGUUCACUUCAUUCCCUCAGAAGACUUCCGUGGGCUAGCUGUGAUUGAUUGGGAAUUCUGGCGGCCUCAGUGGGACCGUAACUGGCACAAGAAGGAUAUCUACAGGCGCAAAUCGAAGGAGCUCGCUAUGAAGGCGUACGUGAAUUUGACUGCCACCCAGGUGGAGGCGCUGGCAAGGCACAGGUUUGAGAAAAGUUCCAAAGUGUUCAUGCAGAAGACAAUCCAGCUGGGAACACAGCUUCGACCCAAUGCUCUUUGGGGGUUCUACCUCUAUCCAGACUGUCACAACUAUAAUUUGCAUGAGAAGAACUACACUGGCCUCUGCCCCCUGCUGGAGAGUAUGAGGAACGAUGAGCUUCUGUGGCUCUGGAACAGCAGUACAGCGCUGUUUCCCUCUGUGGCGAUCCGGAAGAGUCACACCAACAGCAUCAGUAAUCUGCACUUCGCCCAGCACAGGAUCAGAGAGUCCCUCCGCAUCGCCUCGCUGACCUCCAGGGAGUACGACCUUCCCACCUACGUUUACCUCAGGCUGGGCUACCGGGAUGACGCCCUGGCCUUCCUCACCACAAAGGACUUGAUUCAUACCAUCGGAGAGAGCGCUGCUCUGGGUGCUGCAGGGUUCGUUAUUUGGGGUGACCUCAACUUGACCUCUUCCAGGCAUAACUGCACUUUGGUGAAGUCCUUCAUAAACCACCGCCUUGGUGAGUACGUCACCAACGUGACAAGGGCCGCUGAAGUUUGCAGCGACUUCCUGUGCCAAGGCAACGGACGCUGCGUUCGCCGUGACCCCCACGCUCACCAUUACCUCCACCUGAGUGCUGACACCUAUCAGAUUCGUCCCUCUGGGGAUGGGGACUUUUCUGUAACUGGCUGGCCAUCGCAGCAUGAGCUGCAGCUACUGACUGAGAGAUUUCGCUGCCACUGCUACGAAGGCCAUGAAGGAGAGAAUUGUGACAGCUUGAACAAAGUGAAGGAGGACUAUACGCCACAGAGGAAGCAUGAGAAAGAUGAGCAAGAGAGGAGAAGAACAGAAUGGGAGGAUGAGCAGGGGGACCAGCCGGACUGCAGAGAAAGUGCUGCCCUGUUGAUCAGCUGCUGUGGACACAUGAUGCUGGUGAUGCUUCUGUUGAACUUACUGCUUGUAGAGGUGGUUGUGUAGUGUUCAGAAGGAGUAUUGGAAUCAAGUGCAGCUACAGUGUGUAACGGGUGCUACUUCUUAAUGACAACAAUGCAAUACUGCUUAUAAGGUGUACGGUAAAUGUCAUUACAAGAUCCUUCAGAUCUGUUUGGAGCCAUCUGCAUGUGUGAUGGUCUGACAAAAAAAAAACUAUACAUUCAAAGAAUAUUCAACACAAUUCAGGUCAAAACACCAGAUUUCAUUCACAAAACUCUUCAGUAGUGUUCAGGUAUUGACUCCAGAGUGGAGAAGACACCGCUGGCGUCCACAGUGGCCUUGGCUGUGAUGAAACAUGAAAACCACGUAGAAGGUGUAGGGAGUAUUGGCUCACUGGUAUUAGCAUGAGUGCAGCCAUCUAACCAGGACUGUCUUUCACUGGUGCAGCUGUCUGCACUUCCUCUUCGGUGGACUGCUGAGUCAGUUCUUUCUUAGUAACUUAGUUAUGUUCAGUAAACUGAUGAUUUUCACCAUCAAUAAAGAGAAAGCUUGAUGCAACAAUCA